CGUAGGUCUCCCACCGGAGCGGUGCGAACCCCGGCACACCGCUCGCGCUCCUCCUCUCAAGGGAGGAGGGGCCCCGCUUCUUGGUGCGCAGCCUUCCUCCAGGCCCGUGCCCAUCCUCAUCCGCUGGGUAUCACAAUUUGGGCGAGCCCUCUCCGUGGUCGACACCUCCUCGGUAUGAACACCCCAUCCCCUCCUUCUCACCCCCCAUCCUUCUCUUUGCACGCCCUCCCCGCCCCCUCUCCCCUACGAUUGUCGCCUGCUGCCCACGCCCCCUCCCCCCCUCGUCUUUCCAGCCCGUCUGUGCCCCGUCAAACCGUUCCCCGUUCGUGCGCAGCCUCGCCGGCCCGCACUUGGACCAGCCCGUGACCCCUGCUCCUUACUCCCGUCGCUGAUCGGUCUCCCUCCCUGUGUUCGCGCGCGCGUACACGCACUUUUGAUAAUGGCCACCCGAGACCGCUUCGACACCUUCCUUUCUUAUCGCGUCCAUGACCGCGUCCCCCUCCGGCCUCCUCACCAGGAGCACGAGGGGCUCAUCGCCUCCAAUCGCAACGACAUUGAGCUCGGCCCGAUGGCCAUUACCCCGCCCAAGUGGGUGCAGUUCUUCAAGGCCUCUAAUGACAUCAUGGAUGUCAUCGAUGUCCACCUCAAUGACCUCGAAAGCCGCAUGAUGAACGCCGCGAUUACCACCUUCCAGGACAGCUCCGAUCGUGCUCGUAGUGUCGAGGACCUUGGUCAGAAAAUCUCUUCGGCCAUCCGCGACGCCCAUAAGGUGGUGAAGAUGCUGAAUGUGGCCGAGCGCGACGAGACCCCUGAGGUCACCCUGUCGCGGACAAAUGCCCAAAAGAGCGUGGCUCUGCGUCUACAGGAGCAAAGCACCAAGUUGCGCCGUCUCCAGAGUGACUUCCUUUCUAUCCUCAAUGGAUCCACACACUCGAACAAUGUCCUUCUUGAGUUCGAUCAGGAUGUCGAGGACUAUGUCGAUCCGGGCUUCACGCUUGAGCAAAUUGCCGCGGUUGAUAACCACGCGGCCUUUGUGACGGAUCGCGUGCGCAAGAUCAACGAGCUCAAUCAGUCUAUAGCCUCGCUGGCCGAGAUUUUCAACGAUCUGCAGAACUUGGUUCACAUUCAGGGCACUGUGCUCGAUCGCAUUGAUUACAACCUGGAGAAUGUUGUUGCCCAUACGAAGCGCGCCAAUGAGGAAGUCCAGCAGGCCUCCAAGUACCAGAAGGGGUCGCAGAAGAAGCUUGCCAUCAUCCUGCUCAUUGCUGUGGCCAUUGCGCUGCUGCUGUUCGUAGCGGCCCGCCCUCGGGGCAAGUGAUGCGCCAACCAGUGCCGACCUGGCCGGAAGGCGCCCCUGCUCUCCCGGCCGGCCGCAUUGCCUCCUUGUUUUCGAUCAACCGCGGCACGAAUGUCUUGUCGCUUGCGAGUGGGGUGUCUCCAUGCUCUCGGGAAACUGUCCCAGGAGCGACAUGACCCGUAAAUACAAAUAUGAUAGCCGA